AUGCAACCUACAAUUCAUGAAUAAUUAUCAAAAAUUUUGUUAAAAAUUUCAUCAGACAAUGCGCAAAGUCUGUGGAAGUUAAGUAAUUUUAAUGGGAUAUCCUUCACAGCGAACCCUGAUGAAUUCAAUGAUGUUAGAAAGCAUCGAGAAAUCUCUUAAGCUGUAGGGAAAUUAAAAGGAUAGUGGAGACUCUCUUACGGGGAAAAAGUCAAUUACUAUAUCAUGCCCGAAAGUUUCUUUUUAAGUUCUCAAUCUAUCAAAGAAAUUGUAUAGAGUGAUAUAUUAGAUAGGCAUCGAAUUCAUAACUGGAUUAAGCAGACUAUAGCGAAUCAGUUAUCAUAGUUUAUUCAGCAGCAAUAGAUUGAACUGAAACCUAGAAAAUCAAAUGAUAAUGAGUCUGUUUUAAAGUUGAUAGAAAAAUUUAGUAGUAUGAGAGUCAAUGAAGAUCAUAGGAAUUAUGGAAAGAUAAUCAAUAUUAAGGACUUUAAUGAUGCUGCAAAGUACCUACUCUCUUCGUACCCAGAUUUCCAUAAUGAGCGCAUUCACACUUUACUAGUUUACGAUGAGCAGGAUAAGCCCAAUAAAUUUGAUGCUGAGCAGUACAUUGUAGUGACAAAGAUUGAUGUUCCAAAAGAUAAAAAUUAAGUUGCACUUAUGGAUUUCUAAGAUCGAUAAGUUUUUCAUAAAUUCGAGAAACUCACAUAAUAAACAAAUCACUAAAAACCUAAAUUUGACUAUCACAAGUUUAGAAUAGAAACUUCUGAUUCAAUUGCAGCAGUCUGCACUAUGGAGGAGUUGAAUUACUUCAAUAAAAAUUCAGAGUGGAUUAAUGAACAAAAGUUGAAAUCUUUAAAGAAAGAUGAAGAUAAGGUAUGUUUGUCUGAAAUAGAAGGACAAUAGUUUGUUCAUUAUGAGCAAAUGCCUAAUUUAGCUCAUGCUCAUUGCGGUAUAUGUAGAGUUAACUAUACUUCUUAUUUCGAGCAUAUUGAAAGUAAAGAGCAUUUAAAUAACACUAAGGCUCAGUAAACAGUAAUGAAAAUGAUCGAUGUAAUUUUUGAAGAAAGAGCGAAGCAAAAUCGCUGGAGGACAUCUCCACUCAUAAAGUAGAUUUCAAAACCAUUAGUUCAAAUUGAAGAUCAUAAAAUGGAGAUUGAAUAGCUGUAACCUCCACUACUAAAUCUUAGCAGCAAUUAAUAAGUAGAACAUAGCAUAAAAUUCGAAGAUUAAUAAGAAAAGGAAGAGCUAGAAGAUAACAUGGAAGCAGUGUUUCAAGAUAUUGACAAAGUCAUUGCUGAGCUCUCUGAGAGAAGCAAGAUUAGUGCGUAAUUUUAUCAGGAAUAAGAAUAAAGAGCUAAAUAUAAUCAAGAAAGCUACAUAGAAGACGUUAAUUUACUAUAUUAAGAAAUCCAGUAAGACUUGGUUCAGGAUGUAACAGCCCCUGACUAAAAAGAUUUCAUUAUAAAGAACUAUGAUGCUGACCUUGUAAAUUCCUAGAUUUUGUAAGAGAUAGAAGAAAUUGAAGGCAAAGGAUAGGAGGAUUUAGAGUCUUUUGUGCCGAUUCUGCCUAAAUACAAUGCCAAAGAGAAUUUAUCAACCAUUAAUGAAUGCUCUGAGGGGAAAAGUCAGUCGAAUAUCAAUAUCUAAUCGACAUCAUUUGCAAUUUCUAAAAUAGAACCAGAAUCGCAAUUAACCCUCCGUGAAAAGUAAGAAGAACAAAUGAAUGACAUUCAUUAAAUUGAUAAAGAAACUCAUUAAUUGAAAAGUGAAGCAGAAGGGUUUAAUCAGUUGGAAGAGGAUAUAGUGAAGAAUAAUAAUAUUCCUAUAAUAGACAAUGAUAACUAGGAAAAUAAAGUUGAAAAUCAUAAUGAGCCUCAGACUAAUGGCUAAAUAAUUGAAAACUCUUAUAAUUAUACUAAUCCAGUACUAGAAAUGAAUGACUAAUAUCUGUAGAGUUUCAAUUAAUACAUGUGUGUCGAGCAAACUAUCACAAAUAACACCUUCACUCACAGGUAAAAUACCGAAUUCGAAAGCAAUAAUAAGAUUGAUAUCUUUAACUAAGCAGACUCAGAAAAUCCUGAAAAUUUGUUGCAACCUUAGUAAUAAAACUAAAAACCUCAGAGCUAAUAGCUUUCUCAAAAGUCUCAACUAAUACUCACAGGCAAAAGGGUAGAGAUGAAUAACAUUCAGACAGAUAAAAAGGACAAUACAACGAUCAAUAAUACUUAAAACUAAUUGAAGGAGACUUAGAUUACAGAAUCUAGUAAUCAUGUAAAAUAAGAACCUCCAACAAUUUAAGUUAAUACUUAAAAUACUUCUUAAUCUUAACAGGUACUAGUUAAAAAGAGAAAUGAUUAGAAAGAUAAUUAUUCUUAGCAGCAAUAAUCUCAAUAGACUCAGCCAACAUAUAGAAGAUUUUCAGAUGCAAAUAAAGUCAAACAAGAGGAAUUAUUUCCAACCAAUUAUCAAAACAGAUACUAAUUGCCUGUUUAAAUUCCACCCAAAACCAUAAUACAGCACUAAUCUUAGCAGGUCAAUUAUUAAGCUAAUAUGUCUUAAGCAAAGAUACAAAACCUAUUCCCACAAAAUUUACGGAAUAAUCACUUAGGUAGAUCAAGAUUUAACUUGAAUCAGCCAAAGUACUUCAUAAAAACUCCGACAUCUACAGUAAAGUAAGAAAAGAGGAAAGCAGAUGAUCACUUAGAUGACAGUAAAAAUCCGAUAUAAAAACGUCAAAAAACUAAGGACUCUUCAAAUACAAGACCUUCGUCAAACAAUAGUCGGCAGCAACUUGGGCUAAUUAAUUCCUCUGGGACGAAUGCAACUAUCUCAACAAAGACUGGUACUUCCUACAUCUGA